AUGGCGGGCGUGAACACAUCGGGUCCCGGUUCCGUUUCGGCCGCUGGCCCGGUCCAGCAGGGACUUAAAGAAGCACUGAUCGAGACGUUGACAGCUAUUCUAUCCCCGGUGCAAGAGGUGCGGGCAGCUGCGGAGGAGCAGAUUAAAGUGUUGGAAGUGACAGAGGAGUUCGGUGUGCACCUGGCAGAGCUGACAGUUGACCCUCAGGGAGCCCUAGCUAUCCGUCAGCUGGCCUCGGUCAUCCUGAAGCAGUAUGUGGAAACACACUGGUGUGCCCAGUCUGAGAAGUUCAGGCCCCCAGAAACCACUGACCGGGCGAAGGGGGCGAUUCGGGAGUUGCUCCCCAGCGGCCUGCGGGAAGCCAUCAGCAAGGUGCGCUCCAGCGUGGCCUACGCCGUGUCGGCGAUCGCGCACUGGGAUUGGCCAGAGGCCUGGCCUCAGCUCUUCACACUCCUCAUGGAAAUGCUGGUCAGCGGGGACGUCAACGCCGUGCACGGCGCCAUGAGGGUCCUCACAGAGUUCACUCGUGAAGUGACAGACACACAGAUGCCCCUGGUUGCCCCUGUGAUUUUGCCUGAGAUGUACAAGAUCUUCACCAUGGCAGAGGUCUACAGCAUUCGCACGCGCUCCCGAGCUGUGGAGAUCUUCACCACCUGUGCCAACCUCAUUUGUGCCAUCGAGGAACUAGAGAAGGGUGCGGCCAAAGCCCUGAUCUUCCCCGUAGUGCAACAGUUCACGGAGGCCUUCAUUCAGGCACUGCAGAUGCCAGACGGGCCGUCAUCUGACAGCGGGCUCAAGAUGGAGGUCCUCAAGGCGGUGACGGCCCUGGUGAAGAACUUCCCCAAACCCAUGGUGUCCUCCAUGCAGCAGAUCCUGCCCAUCGUGUGGAACACCCUGACUGAGAGUGCCGCCUUUUAUGUUAGAACAGAAGUCAACUACACUGAGGAAGUGGAUGACCCCAUCGACUCAGAUGGUGAGGUGUUGGGCUUUGAGAACCUGGUUUUCAGCAUCUUUGAGUUUGUCCACACACUCCUGGAGAACAGCAAGUUCAAGAGCACAGUGAAGAAGGCUCUGCCGGAGCUUAUCUACUACAUCAUCCUGUACAUGCAGAUCACUGAGGACCAGAUCAAAGUGUGGACUGCUAACCCUCAGCAGUUUGUGGAGGACGAGGAUGAUGACACCUUCUCGUACUCGGUUCGGAUUUCAGCUCAGGACCUGCUGCUGGCCGUGGCAACAGAGUUCCAGAACGAGAGUGCAGCGGCGUUGGCGGCCGCUGCCACACGGCACCUGCAGGAGGCGGAGCAGGCCAAGAACAGCGGCAGUGAGCACUGGUGGAAGGUUCACGAGGCCUGUAUGCUGGCGCUGGGUUCGGUGAAGACCAUCAUCACGGAGAACGUGAAGAGCGGCCGCGUGCAGUUCGACAUGCACGGCUUUCUCGCCAACGUCAUCCUGGCUGACCUCAACCUGGCAGCCGCCUCUCCCUUCCUGCUGGGCCGUGCCCUGUGGGCUGCCAGCCGCUUCACGGCCGCGAUGUCGCCGGAGCUGAUCCAGCAGUUCCUCCAGGCCACCGUCAGCGGCCUGCACGACAGCCAGCCCCCCUCCGUCCGCAUCUCUGCCGUGCGCGCCAUCUGGGGAUAUUGUGACCAGCUGAAGCUGUCAGAGAGCACGCAUGUUCUGCAGCCCUUCCUGCCCAGUGUGCUGGAGGGUCUGGUUCAGCUGGCAGCCCAGUUCAGCUCUGAAGUUCUGACCCUGGUGAUGGAGACGCUGUGCAUUGUGUGCACCGUCGACCCGGCCUUCACCACCAGCGCCGAGAACAAGAUCUGCCCGCUCACCAUCGCAAUCUUCCUCAAGUACAGCAACGACCCUGUGGUGGCGUCUUUGGCUCAGGACAUCUUUAAGGAGCUGGCCCAGAUCGAGGCGUGCCAGGGCCCCAUGCAGAUGCGUCUCAUCCCCACGCUGGUCAGCAUCAUGCAGGCCCCUCCCGACAAGAUCCCCUCUGGACUGUGCGCUACAGCCAUCGACAUCCUGACCACGGUGGUUCGGCACACCAAGCCCCCGCUGUCCGAGCUGCUGAUCUGCCAGGCGUUCCCCGCGGUGGCGCAGUGCACCCUGCGAACUGACGACAACACCACCAUGCAGAACGGCGGCGAGUGCCUGCGGGCCUACGUGUCGGUGGCGCUGGAGCAGGUGGGCCAGUGGCAGGACGAGCAGGGCCACAGCGGGCUGUGGUACGUGAUGCAGGUGGUGAGCCAGCUCCUGGACCCGCGCACCUCCGAGUUCACGGCCGCCUUCGUGGGCCGGCUGGUGUCCACGCUCAUCGCGCGCGCCGGCACCGAGCUGGGCGACCAGCUGGACCAGAUCCUGCGCGCCAUCCUGAGCAAGAUGCAGCAGGCCGAGACCCUCAGCGUCAUGCAGUCCCUGAUCAUGGUGUUUGCCCACCUGGUGCACUCCCAGCUGGAGCCGCUGCUGGAGUUCCUGUGCAGCCUGCCCGGCCCCACAGGCAAGCCCGCCCUGGAGUUCGUCAUGACCGAGUGGAUGAGCCGCCAGCACCUCUUCUACGGCCAGUACGAGGGCAAAGUCAGCACGGUGGCCCUGUGCAAGCUCCUGCAGCACGGCCUCAACACCAACGACAAGCGGCUGCAGGACAUCGUGGUGAAGGGGGAGGAGAUCUUCAGCGCGGACGAGGGCAUCCGCACGCGGUCCAAAAGUGCCAAGAACCCAGAGCGCUGGACCAACAUUCCUCUGCUGGUCAAGAUCUUCAAGCUCAUAGUCAAUGAGCUGUCAUCUGUGGUGGAGGCCAAUGCAACCAGAGCAGCAGCAGGAGACUGGAGCCAAGAUUCCGGGGACAUGUGGGAGGAACAAGAGGAGGAGGAGGAAGAGGAGGAUGGUGAGGAUGAAGGGCUAGCAGGGCAGCUGCUUUCUGACCUCAUAGCCUCCAAUAAAUAUGAUGAUGAUUACUAUGAAGAUGAUGAUGAGGAAGACCCAGAUGCCUUGAAAGACCCCAUUUAUCAGAUUGACCUUCAGGCCUACCUGACAGACUUCCUGACACAGUUUGCCCAGCAGCCCUGCUACAGCAUGUUCUCUGGCCACCUGAACGAAGCGGAGAGGAGAGUGCUGCAGUCCAUUGGCAUAUAAUGGCCCCUCCCUGUCCCCACAUCCGCCCAAAUCCUGCCCUGUCUCCCCCAUUCCCCUCUACCUAUUUUACACUUGUGUGCUUCUCCGGACGCUGAGUCUUGGAGUCAUUUCACUUCACUCCCUCUCCCUGUCACACACCCACCCUUAGAACCCCCCCCAACAGUGGAAUUUUUUGGACUGGAUGACUAAGAUCCAAUUAUCACCUCACCUCAUUUCUUCCUGUUAAGAGGAAAGACUCCAGCUGAAUGCAGAGAUGGGUGAAGACUCUGUGGGAGAAAUGGCAUGCAUCGUACGGUGGGAUUUGGGGGGGGUGGGGGGACAGUCAGAGGGUGGGUGAAUAGUCAGAACUCCCCCAGAAGAAGGAACAGGCUUCCCGUUAAAAGGACUGGGAAGUGUUGCAAAUGGAGGGGCUGGCUACACACUUGGCCAAAGUGACCCCGAGGAGACUUGUGGGAAGGGGAGGGAGUAUUUUUUUUUUUAUUGGCCAGCUUUGGGAAAUUCCAUGAACUUUCUCAGGCUGUUAGGAUAUAAACUAUGAAUGGGUCUUUUACAGAUCCCCUUGUCCUGCAGCUCCACACCUGUCUGCUUCGCUCUGUACUGAAAACUGCAGGAGAUGGGAAGGGUGAGGAGACUUAAACAAUGGACAGAUGCUUGGGGCAAACGGUUCUUUUUUCGUAAUCUUCGAAAAAAUCGUUUGGAUUGAGAAACGACCAUGAUGACCCAUGUCUUUUGGCUGUGGUUUGUGUAUGGGGUUGGGGAGGGGGGGAGUUGCUAUACUGUUGCCAUGGUCAUACAUAGCCUCCCAAUGUCCUCCCGCCCACUAGAGCGGAGGAGAAAACGUUUCAAAAUAAACGGCCCGACUAGGCCUCCUUUUCAGUCUCCUCUUUCUCCUUUGUUAGUUGUAUUUGUCCUGUUCCCAUUG